AUGUACGACCUCUCACAAUGCCAGCAGGUUAUGCCCGGGGAGUCCUGUGAAAUCUUCUGCGUCCCGCCUUACAAGCAGGACAAGACGCAGACGGCAAGAUGCCAGGCCAACAACACGGAUCCGCUGACGACGCUGCAGUGGGUGCAGGAUGCGUGUGAGAUCGUCUGGGAGGACUGCACGGACCCCCUCCCCAUGCCCUUCGGCUACGAGAAGCGGUCCGAUGGCUAUCACUGCGCACCGGGAUUCGCAGGUAUUGCAGAGGACUCGCCGGAAGUGCACUGCGGACCGUGGGGCGACUGCGGCACACAGCCGCAGCUGACAGGCUGCUUCCAGCUGGAGCCAUGCCAGUCCGUGCAUUUCGUGGGCGAAGAGAAUUGCAUGUACGACAACUCCAGCUGUCCGUUGAUCUUCGCGCCGGGCGAGGAGUGCCAGGUGCGCUGCAAGGCACCCUUCGUGGGCUCACCGGGGCUUGCCUCCUGCAAAAGCCGCAACACUGAGUGGAACGGCGCUUACGACUGGACUCCGCCCUCUUGCGUGUGCCCGAAUCCUAGAGCUGUGGAAGGCUACUUCUUCAACGCUUCGGGGUGGUUUUGCGACCCGGCGCAGAACUACACAGGGACGGCCGAGGUGGUCUGCAGCCAGCCCGGCUUCUGCCUCUCCGAGCCGACGUUGAUCGGGUGCCAGAAGAAUGGACCGUGUCGGCCGCCGCUCCUUGAUCUCUGCAUGUAUGAUGCAUCCAGCUGCGAUGGAAUCGAGACAUCCCAGCAAUGCGCCAUCACCUGCCGCUCUCCCUUCCUGGGGAGCUCCACCACGGCCUUUUGCGAAUCUCCUGGCGGCCUCGCUGGGCUGCAGUACACGGAGCCCGAUUGCCAGCUCGACGUGUGUCCAGAUCCCGACCCCGCACCAGAAGGCUACGAGCGCGUGAAUGGAGGAUGGGUUUGCGCGUUCGGCUUCGAGGGCGUUCCUGUGAAGCAGUGUGGCCACGACAGCUCCUGCAGACCGGCCCCAAGGCUCAGCGGCUGCGAGCCCAUCAUCAAGCCGUGCCUUCUCCCCAACCUCGACUGCAGGUACGACCUCUCCAACUGCACGGGCGUUGUGCCUGGGGAGUACUGCGAGGUCCGAUGCCGGGCGCCCUACAUCGGUCGCCCCCAGCUCGCUAUCUGCGCUCCCGGCAACGAGACAGCACACCUCCGGAGAGAGGAGCUUCGCUUCACACGGCCCUACUGCGACCUCGAGGUUUGCCCAGAUCCCGAUCCACUUCCGUCAGGCUACGAGCGCAUCGGGGAAGGCUUCCGGUGCCGACCCGGCUACGCAGGCCAGGCGAUAUGGUUCUGCCGGGACCUUGGAAACUGCCAGCAUCAACUUCAGCUCAGAGGAUGCUCCAAUGAGUCGCAGAUUAGCCUCAGGAUCACUCAGCUCAGCGAGGCCCCUUCGCAGCGGGGAUUCCCGCCCUGUCGUGCCGGGCAGGACUGUGGGCAGCCACUGGAAACCCCGCCGGGCUACGGGCAGUUUCUGGGCCAGUGGCGCUGCGACUCUGGGUAUCUAGGCUCGCCUUCCACGACCUGCAACGCCAAGCGCAGCUGCGGCUCCACGCCCACGCUGAGCGGAUGCGUACCAAUCGAGCCGUGCCUGCCCAUCAUUCCAGAUGGCUGCGACAUCGACGUCUCAGAUUGCCGCAACGUGUUGGGCGGCAAGACUUGCGAGAUCCGCUGUAAGGACCCCUAUGUGGGCGAGCCGACCAUUGGGACUUGCCCUCCCGGCAACAUCGAUGUGACUGCAGUCUUGACGUGGCAGCGGCCGACGUGUGAACUCAAAUGCCCGCGUUUGGGGCUUCCAAUUCAAGAUGGCUACAUCAAGGACAGCAUCCAGGGCUGGAUUUGCUCUCCGAACUUCAAGGGGAACGCCAAUGUCUUCUGCAACAUCAGUGAGGGCAACAUCAGCCACGGCUGCGAGGCGCAGUGCUUCUAUUCCGGAUGCACUCCCAUCGAGGUGUGUUUGAACUCGCGGCUCGAGCCCGCCAUCGACGCUUGCAUGUACAACGCUACGGGAUGCAAUGGGCUCCUGCCCGACCGCUUCUGCGAGAUCGGCUGCAUGCCGCCCUAUGUGGGGACCACGACGGUCGCCAGCUGCCAAGAAACUGCACGGCCCAUCAACAGAACGAGCCAAUCGGAUCCCGUGCUGAUCAAGACGGAUCCAGUCUGCACCUGCCCAGAUCCGAUGGAGCACGAGGGCUACGUCAAGGUGGAUGGCGUGUGGCAGUGCGACGAGGGUUAUGCCGGCAACGCCGUGAAGCGCUGCCAACGCCCAGCGGAGUGCAUUGACGCCCCUGAGUUGGUCGGCUGCCUUCCGCGAAUGCCCUGUCGAGACCCCCCUCCUUCAGGCUUGACGUGUGAGCAGAUUGAUACCUCGAACUGCUCCGAGGUUGAGGGCGGAGGCAGCUGUGAGAUCUUCUGCGUGCCACCCUACGUGGGCGAAGUCAGCACCGCAAGCUGCAUGGUGGACAACACCAACCCGGACCAGCCCUUGGUGAUGCCAGUGGAGCCCUGUACCCUUGGAUGUGCGGACCCGCUAUUCCUGCCCGAAGGCUACAAGAAGCUCAGCGACGAAGGCAUCGGGCGCUGGGAGUGCGAUGCGGAGGCUCGCUAUGAGGGCACCGCGAACGUAUUUUGCGAGCUGAGUGAAACGUGCAACUCAACCAAGCGCUUUCACGGCUGCACGAAGGUUGUGAGGCCAUGCCUCAUGCCUCCACUGGAUCCUUGCAAGUUCGAUGUCUCUGACUGCGCCAGCGUCCCUGCCAACGGGACUUGUACUAUCGGCUGCGCGGGCCACUACGUUGGUGAGCCGGUGGUGGGCCGUUGCCCGGCAGGCAACGUGGAGGACAAGGGACUGAUCUAUGAUCAGCCGCGUUGCGUCAUCGAGGAUCCGGACUGUCCCCUGCCAGAGGAGGUCCCCGAAGGAUACGCCAUCGAAAAUGGGCAGUUCGUGUGCGCGGCCGGCUACGUAGGCUCCUAUGUGCUAAGCCGCUGCGGACACGACCGGAAUUGCAAGAAGGCUCUUGACCCCAUUGGCUGCACGCCGACAGUGAACUGUGCACCUCUCAAGAUCGACCCUUGCGAGCGAGACAAUGUGGGGUGCUGGGAUGUCAAGGCUGGAGGGAGCUGCUUCAUCGGCUGCAAGUCGCCCUUCUACGGCACCCCAACGGUCGCCCGCUGUCCGGAGGGCAACACGGACCCCAACACGCCCCUGGAGUACGACUUGACCUUCUGCUUCUGUGCAGACCCUCCGUUCACGCCUGCGGGCUACACCAAAGACAUGUUCGGGCUGUGGAUCUGCGAGGAGGGCUAUGCCGGCACGGCCGUCAAGCAGUGCCGUGUGGGCGAGACCUGCAUCGCGGAUGCAGAGCUGAUCGGCUGCCAGAAGCUGGAGCCUUGCGCCGCGCUACAGCCCACAUCGUGCGAGCAGGACGUUUCCAACUGUGCGAGCGUGGCGCCAGGUGGCAGCUGUGUCGUCACUUGUCGGUCGCCUUGGGCCACAGUUACAUCCACCACGGCAACCUGUCCGGAUGGCAACGUCGACCCUGUGCGCACCGUCGACUGGACGCCCCCGGUGUGCGAGCUUCAGUGUCCUGAGCCUCCAGUGAUUCCUCAGGGAUUCGAGUGGAAUCCCAGCAUCCACGCGGCGGCAUGCCAAAUAGGCUACUUGGGACCUCCGGUCACGACAUGCACGGUGGACAGCAUGACAUGCCAGGUCACGACAACUAUCUCUGGCUGUCCACGACUGCAGCCAUGCAUGAUGCCGGAAGUGGACAUCUGCCGUGUGAACAUGACCAGUUGCAGGAAUGUCAUGCCUGGCAGCUCCUGCAGCCCUCCCUGCGUGGCGCCUUUCGAGCUCUACAGCCCACCGGGGAUGGCCUCCUGCCCCGAGGGAAACUUAGACCCAGAGACGCUCCUGGUCUGGGAACAGUAUCCGAACUGCUCCGUCUUUCAGUGCCCGGAUCCUUCGCCUGUGCCGCUGGGCUAUGAGUUCGGCAUUGACCAGCGCAGCCCAGCUGCCAUCGAAGCAGGGGUGGAUCGUUGGUACUGCAGCCCCGGAUAUGUCGGCGAGCCCGUGCGCGUGUGCGGCAGCAACAUCACUUGCGGCGUGAUUGCCUUGCUGUCCGGGUGCCUACCCAUCACCCCAUGCCGUGCACCGGUGGUUGACACGUGCCGCGUCGACGACUCCCGGUGCGGCAGCAUACGCCCCGGCGGGCGGUGCACCCUGACCUGCCGGGCACCCUUCGAAGGGAAUCCGACCACCGCCUCAUGCCUGGCCUCGAACACCGACCCCAACGGCCUCCUCUUCCGGUCGCCGAUCUGUCGGCUGCCGGACAACUUCGACCCUCUCCCGCUGGAUCCGGGCUUUGCAGGUACAUACACAGGGUUCAACUGCAGCCCCGGCUACGCUGGGCCCAUUCAGACCAUCUGCCGCAUGGAGGAAGGCUGCCGGAUCUUCACGUAUCCUGACGGCUGCGCGCCACCGGUGCCCUGCCGCGUGGGCAACUUUGUGGACGUGGACGGCCGCCGAGGAUACAUCGCUGGCAACCUGUCUUUCGGACGAAGUCAGUUGGACGAGACUCUCAACACCGGCCAGGGCCGCAACGCCCUGAAGAACGACAUACGUCUACGAUUCACAGGAAAGGGCGUGAUCUAUGAGGAUGAGGUGGAAAGUUACUCCAUCUACCUCGUCGGCGAGUGCAACAACACGUUGGAGCCGGCUUUGGCACAGGUCGUCCCCACAGACUCCUCCAACCAGAUCCUGUGCUGUGAUGAAGAGGUCUACAAUAUCUCCAUUGACAGCACGCGGGUGCCCUUCAACGCUAUGGGAGUGGAGUCCGCGACUGGUAUCCACGGAAUCGCGGUGCGUGUGCUGAUCCGGAAGUACAAGACACUCGAGCUGUCGGAGCACUACUGGGUCACACAUUUCGAAGACAGAAUCGAUCCGAUCACCAAUGGGGCGCUGCCGCGUGUGCAGGACUGCUGGCUCUUCCUGGCCUUGCUCCUCCUGACCUCAGCGCAGUGA